AUGAGAGGAAAGCAGAAGUCCAAAGACGGCGAGGCUGGCUUGGAAGUCCGUGGGCAGGCAAGAGGUCGAGGGCAGGAGUUAGGCAUCAAGGUCCAUGGGCAGGCAAGAAGUCGAGGGCAGGAGAGAGGCAUCAAGGCAAGAGGUCGAGGGCAGGAGAAAGGCAUCAAAGUCCGUGAGCAGGCAAGAAGUCGAGGGCAGGAGGAGAGAGGCAUCAAUGUCCGUGGGCAGGCAAGAGGUCGAGGGAAGGAGAGAGGCAUCAAGGUCCGUGGGCAGGCAAGAGGUCGAGGGCAGGAGAGAGGCAUCAAGGCCCGUGGGCAGGCAAGAAGUCGAGGGCAGGAGAGAGGCAUCAAUGUCCGUGGGCAGGCAAGAGGUCGAGGGAAGGAGAGAGGCAUCAAGGUCCGUGGGCAGGCAAGAGGUCGAGAUCCGGGGAAGCAGCAAGAAGUCCACGGGAAGUCCGGUGAAACGAGACACACAGCUUGUAUCCAGGGAACAGAGGAAUAA